GCAAUACUCAAUACCAGGCUUUUGCGAAAGUAAAACCAACUGUACUGGUGUUCAUCAGCAUAGCUAUGGCAACCUUGACACAUUCCGAGUCCAGGCGCUUAUAUUCUUGGUUGUGGGAUAGCCACAUUAGCCCAAAGAAUUCAAAAUGGCUUCAGGAAAACCUCACAGACAUGGAUGCAAAAGUCAAAGCAAUGAUCAAGCUACUUGAGGUGGAUGCAGAUACAUUUGCAAGGCGGGCAGAAAUGUACUAUAAGAAGCGCCCAGAAAUCAUGAAAUUAGUUGAGGAGUUCUACCGAGCAUACCGUGCAUUAGCAGAGAGAUAUGAUCAUGCAACGGUGGAGCUACGCCACGCCCACAAAACCAUGGCAGAAGCAUUUCCUGAUGAAGCAAAUUACAUGUUAACUGAUGAUCCUGCAGGCCCUGAUGCUGAACUGCAGAAAUCAGGGGUGCCUCGUCCAAGUUGUGCAUCCUUGGAGCCUGAUGAUUUGCAGAAAGAAGCACAUGGACUUUCUUCAAUCCCUGAAGCUCAAAUCUUAAGGAAUGCCCUGGCCAAAAUACUGUCUGAUAAGAAUGCUGUCUCCCUUCAGUACCAGAAGAGUUUGGAGAAGUUAUCUCAAAUGGAAAGAGAUCUUAGCAAGGCACAAAAGGAUGCUGGAGACCUUGACGAGCGAGCAAGUAAAGCUGAAAUUGAAAUAAAAGUAUUGAAGGAAGCGCUAGCAGAGGUAGAAGCUGACAAGGAUGCUGGACUAGUUCAGUACAACCAGUGUCUACAAAGUAUAGCUAACCUGGAGGCUAUGUUAUCUCUGGCCAAGUUGCAAACGGAGAAACUUGAUGAGAGAGCUGUUAAGGCAGAAAGCAAUGCUGAAAAUCUCAAGCAUGAACUUAGCAGAGUGGAAGCUGAGAAGGAUGCUGGUCUUCUUCAAUAUAAGCAGUGUCUUGAAAAGAUAUCAGAUUUGGAGGCAAAGAUUACCCUUGCUGAGGAGAAUUCCAGGACGAUAAACAGGCAACUUGAAAAGGCAGAACAUGAAGUUAAUGAACUGAGGAAAAGUCUUGCUGAACUGAAAGAAGAGAAAGAAUCUCUAGCCACCCUUUACCAGCAAUGCUUGGAGAAAAUAUCUAAACUGGAGAGGGGAAUGUUGCAUGCCCAAAAAAAUUCUGAACGACUAAAUAUAGAGAUCUUGGAAGGGGCUGAAAAGCUUAAGAGUGCUGAAAAGCAUUGUGAUCUGUUGGAGAAAUCAAACCAAUUGCUUCAGUUAGAGGCUGAAGAUCUAGUUCAGAAGAUAGCUGCAAAAGAUCAAGAGCUAUUAGACAAGCAUGCUGAGAUAGAGAAGCUGCAGACUCUGAUGCAUGAAGAGCAUUCUAACUUUCUUCAAAUUGAAUCCAUUCUACAGAUUCUGCAGAAGUUAUACUCUCAAUCACAACAGGAGCAGAGGAAUCUUGCUUUGGAGCUUAAAUAUGGGCUCCAGCUGUUGAAGGACUUAGAGGUUUCCAAGCAAGAUUAUAAGGAAGAAAUGGAAGGCAUUGCAGAAGUAAACAGAACUCUGCAUGGACUUAACUUCUCUUCCUCGAUGUCAAUAAAAAAACAACAAACGGAAAUCUCUAAAUUGAAGGCAAUCAAUGAGAAACUUGAAAAAGAGUUUGCUAUCAAUCCUGAGGAAACCAAUGGCCUACAGCAGGAAGCUCAUCAAAUAAAGGAAGAUGUUCUGGACCUUAAUAGUAGACAUCAGGCAUUGCUGGAACAACUACAGACUUUAGGUUUGAAUCCUGUAUGUUUUGCAGAAUCAGUGAAGGAUUUACAAGGAGAGAACUCAAAGCUCAAGGAGCUCUGCCAAAUGGAACGCAAUGAAAAGGAAGCUCUUCGUGAAAAGUCAAAGGAUAUGGAUGAACUUUUGAUAGAAAAUGCCUUUAUGGAAUUUUCCAUGUAUACAUUGUAUAAUGAGUUAGAUGGAUUAAGAGCAACAGCAAAGAAAUUUCAAGAGUCCAGCGAAGUUCUACAGGAAGAGAAGUCCAUUCUUGUUGCUGAGAAAUCAACUUUUCUUUCACAGUUGCAAAUUAUCCAGGAAAGUAUGAAGAAGCAACUGGAGAUGAAUACCUUGUUGGAGAAGUCUCUUUCAGACGUAAAGAUUGAACUUGAAAGUACAAAGGCUAAAUCAAGUCACUUGGAAGGAUUGUGCAAGUUGCUAACUGAUGAAAAGAACAAUCUUCUAACUGAAAGAAGGGUUCUAGUAUCUCAGUUGGAGAGCGUUGAAGCAGGACUAGGUAACCUGGAAAAGAGGUUCACAGAUUUGGAAGAGAAGUAUUCUGAUGUGGAGAAGGACAAAGAAAAUGCUGACAGUCAAAUAGAAGAACUCCGUGCUUCAAUUUUGGUGCAAAACGAAACACACACUAUUCAGAAACAAUCAAGUGAUGCUCGCCUAGCAAAAUUGGAGAAUCUUGUUCAUGUACUACAAAAAGAGCAGCGAUUGGGGAAGAUAGAAUUUGAAGAAGAACUUGACAAAGCUGUUAAUGCUCAGAUCGAGAUGUUCAUCUUGCAAAGUUCUAUAGAAGAUUUGGAGCAGAACAACUUGGCCUUAUUAAUUGAAUGUGAAAAGCAUGUUGAGGCAUCUAAAUUUUCUGAUAAAGUCAUCUCAGAGUUGGAGAGUGAAAAUCUCAUGCAACUGAUGGAGGUAGAGUUCUUGUUACAUGAAAUUAGAAAGUUCAAAAUGUGUAUUCAUCAAGUUUGUGGGGCUCUUCAGAUUGAUCCAGAUUUUGAGCAUGAUAAAGGUAACAAGCAAGGGGAAAUACCAAUAUUGCAUAUUUUGGGCAGCAUUGAGGGCUUGAAAUGUUCUGUUGUGAGAAGCCAAGAGGAGAAGCAGCAGCUGCUUGUUGAGAAUUCUGUACUCAAAUCUUCACUUUGUCAACAUCAGUCUGAGGCAGAAAAAUUGGAGUCAGACAAAAAGGCACUGAAUCAAGAGCUUGAGAACAUGAGAGAACAGAAUACUAUGCUGCAGACAGACAAGGUUGAACUUCAGGAGAUGAACAAGCAACUAAGUUCUGAAGUAGCCAAUGUAGAAGAAAAAGAGAAUACAUUGAAGACAAAAUUGGCAGUUCUGCAUGUGGAGUUGGUAGAUUCACAGAGAGCAAAUCAAGUGCUUCGGGGAGAAAAUAGUAAGUUGCUUGAAGAGAAAAGGUCAUUGCUUAAGAGUGUUUUGGACCUUAAAGAUACAAUUUCUGCUGCUGAAGAUGAGAAUAAUGUAAUUCUUCACGAGAUACUAGCUCUAAGCAACCUGAAUUUGGUCUAUGAGAGGUCUGUCUCUGAGAAAGUCACCGAAAAGAAAGAACUUUAUGAAUGCCUCAGUAAUGUUAGCAGUAUGAAUUGUGAUCUUAAGCAGGAGCUUGACAAGUUGAGGAAAAGGUUCGAGUUGACAGAAGCAGAGAAUGUUUAUCUGAACAAGUCAAUUGAGAGAAUGGAUAAAGAGUUGCAUGAAGCCAAAGACACAAAUUUCCAUUUAAGUCAUCAAAUUGAAAACUCAGAAAAUAUGGUUAAGAAGAAAGAAGCAGAACUGUUAGCAAUGGAGAAAAGGCUAGAGGCAUCAGAGACAUUGAACACCGAGUUCUGCAGAGCUAUUGAGGAGCUGAAGAUGGAACAAGAAGAAUCAAGAAUGAUCAAAGAAGAUAUGGACAGAAAGAUUGUUGAACUUUCAAAAAAUUGCAUGAAUCACAAAAAAGAAAUUGAACGCCUUAAUGAAACAAAUAAAAGCUUCCAGUCUGAGAUGAGAUUACUACAUCAUGAAGUUGAACAGCACAGGGUGAAGGAAGACAUACUGAAUUCAAAGUUGCUGGAUAAAACAAAUGAAGUUGAACAAUGGGAGGCUGAGGCUACGGCAUGCUUUUCUGAUCUUCAGAUUUCAUCCAUUUGUGAAGCACUGUUGAAAAGUAAGCUCAAUGAGAUGGCUGGAGUUUGCAAGAGACUUGGUGAUGAAAGUGCCGCAAAAAGCUCGGUCAUCGAACAGAUGUUUGAAAGAAUUGGUUUGCUAGAGAAUAAAGUUGGAGGACUCCAGAGACAGUUAUCUGCAUAUAUUCCAGCUAUAAGCUCUUUAAAAGAUGAUUUUGCAUCUCUGGAACACAUUUCCCUUCUCUGGACCAAUAAAGCUUAUGCUGUAGGCAAUAGAGAAGAACAGAAGGAUGUAGAUAUAGUAGUUGAGACUUGUCUCCAAGAAGAUACCAAUGAAAUUUUAAGAGAUAAAAAAAGUGAAUUGAUACCAGUUGGGGUUUCAGAUUUGCUUAGCAUGCAGAGGAGGAUUAGAGCGGUUGAAAAGGCAAUGAUGGAAGAAAUUGUAAGACGUGUCAAGAAGGAAAAUUUAACUGAAAAUGUUGAAGCAAGAGCUCCAAUACAAGCGGCUGAAUAUGCAAAUAUGGAAGUUGCUUCAUACCAAGGAAAUGGCUACAGAAGAGUGGUGAUGGAUCAUACACAUAAGCGUAAGGGCAAUCGUGACCUUAGCACAUGGAGAACAAUGUUUGAAAAUGGAUCACUGAUGAAAGACAUUCCACUUGAUCACAACUCAGAUGAUCUAGACUCCAAGUACUGCAAGAUGGAGCUUUGUGGAACCAAUGAUCAGAUGCUUGAGUUACUCGAAACUGCUCAACUGGACUGCUAUGGUGAUUCAAUGGUUAGUGAAGCGAAUCGACGGAGUUCUGCUCCAACAGAUGAAAUUGUGACAUGCCAUCAGUCAGAAAAUUCUGAAAGGUGUGAAAACUCAUCAGAAUUGGAGGUUGAAAAGGAAUUGAAUAUUGACAAUCUCAUGCAACUGAAAACUAGAAGAGAGACAACUCAGGAUGGUGAGAGAAAGAUCUUGGAGAGGCUGGCCUCAGAUGCUCAGAAGUUGGCCAUUCUCCGAAUGAGUGUGCAAGAUUUGAAGAAGAAACCAGUGACAAAGAAGAGGAGCAAGAAGCUAAAUGAAGUUGAAUAUGAAACAGUUAAAAGCCACAUAGAAGAAGUUGAGGAAGCUGUCAUGCAACAAGUAAACAUGAAUGACCAACUGACAAAGGCUAUUGAAGAGGGCAACUCAAUGGUAGAAAGAGAUACAUCGGCGGAGCUGGAAAAUGCCGGACAAGUCCAAAGAAAGCUAGUAACGGAGCAGGCUUGCAGAAGUUCUGAACAAAUAGGAAGGUUGCAGUUUGAGGUUCAGAACAUACAAUAUCUUCUGCUGAAAAUGGCUGAUGAGAACAACCAAAAAGCGAGAACAAGAAUCGGUCGGCCAACAGUAGUCUUGCUGAGGGACUUCAUUCACACUGGGAAGAAAAACAGCAGAAGGCGCAGAAAAGUGUGUCUUUGUGGUAGGCCUUCAAGUAAUGAGGACUAAUAAAACUAGCAUAUUCAUUCUUAACUUAGCUACUCAAAUGAGAGCUUCAUCAUAAGAAAUGAGAGUGUCAUUUGAUCAUAACAACUUCUUUCAUGUCUCUAUGUUUUUAGCUUUCAAAAGAAUAGUACUGAGCGUCAUGUAUAUAGUUAAAGAAUUGCCCUGUAAUGUAACACACUGUGGUUUCAUUCUUUUCUAAAGGUGUGCUGAGAUUUUUCA